AUGCUACUGCUCUGGGGGCAGCAAGUCUCCACAAUCGGAUUCGGUAACAUUCCGGGAAGUUACUGCGCUCAGCGUUCGCCAACCUGCUGUCCGAAUCGUGAUGACGAGUGCACGAUGCCGAUUCUCGGAAAUCACUUGUGCUAUUGCGACAUGUUUUGCGACCGAAGCCCAUAUGGCAACGACUGCUGUCCGGAUUUCAAAAGCACUUGUCGAUUCAUUCCGAGAACAGCGGAGCGAGGUCAGGUAAUUUCCUGUGCAUAG